UCCCGUCUCUCACCCUGCUCUUCACUCCUCUGCUCUCCACAGUAUGAUAUCUGAGGGACCAUUCUGCACCGGAUAGUUCUGUCUCCACAGCGAACAUGAAUGAGAUCAAGAUCGCUGUGCUGGGCAGUGAAGGGGUCGGAAAAUCAGCUCUCAUCGUCCGGUUCCUCACCAGGCGCUUUAUCGGCGAGUACGCGUCCUCUUCAGAGUGCAUAUACAGAAAGCGUCUGUCUGUGGACGGGAAGCAGAUGAACCUUGAGCUCUAUGACCCAUGUUCUCAGGCCUGUGAGGGCAAGUCUACUGUAAACGACCAGAUCCACUGGGCUGAUGGUUUCGUUGUGGUCUAUGAUAUCAGUGACCGCUCCUCCUUCCUCACUGCCAAAGCUAUAAUGCACCUAAUCAGAGAGCUCCACCUGGGACCUGCCAAAAGGAGCGCGGACCCGCUCAUAUUCCUGGUGGGCAACAAACAGGACCUGUGCCACAUGAGAGAAGUGCGGCGUGAAGAGGGUCAGUGUCUGGCUUCUGAGUUUCACUGCCAGUUCUACGAGCUGUCAGCUGCUGAGCACCACCAGGAGGUGGCGCUCAUAUUCUUCAAGAUGGUGCAAAGUGCCAGCUUGGGCAGCAAGGCCAAGGAGCGCAGGAGACGCCCCAGCGGCUCCAAGUCCAUGGCCAAACUCAUCAACAACGUCUUUGGCAAAAGGAGGAAAUCAGUGUGAAGUGUCAAAUACAAGGACAGCUGUCUGUCAAAGCUGGACAAAUGGCAUUGGACUGAACACACCUAUUGGCUUGGCUUUGUGACUUUGAUUGUGAUUGGUGUUGCUGUUGAUUAAACUGACGUCUGUAUGUACAAAGAGGUAUUAGUGUAUAUAAUAUUAGUACACAGCAUGUACUGUCUGAGCCUACUUGCCCCUUAUGUCCACUAAUUUGUGUAUUUACUCUUAAAGUCGAAAUGGAAUGAAAAAUGCUUUUUUUAAAAACCAUUUAAGAUCAUAUCCCCAGUCAUAUUCUGCACCAAUUCAACAAUAUACCAUAUGUACAUAUUCAAAAAAUCUAGUUCUUUGUAUUCUAAAUCCAAUCAGGUUUUCCUCCUGUAAAACAAAAUGUGUGCUUAUAUAAGCCAUUACCAUCCGGUUCCAAGAUAAAAUAUCAUAACAUCUAUCAUCAAUCCAGGGUUACCAACUUUGGUCAGAGGGCCGGAAUGAGAUUUUACCUUGUGACAUAAUAUCUGCUUGUGUGUGCGUGGUCAUGAAAAGACGUGGAAGAAAGAAGAAAUGAGUGUACGUUUACAUAUUCAUAUCUAUAGGCCUAAACCCCACAUACGUGCAUAGAUGCUCAAUAUUUGUUUUAUGGCGCAGAUCAAGGUCAGUUUCAUCAAUCUGAUGGUAGUUUUGAUCAUCUGCUUAAAAAAUCCAGUAAUAUAUCCUGUUGUGAGAAAAAGAAAGAUUUCAAGGGGGGUUCUCCCCCAAGAAAAUGUUUAAAGUUCACACAGCGAAAUCCUAUUUUCAUGCAGUUUCAUACAGAAAUAGAUAAAUUCAAGGACUUUCGAUGACCUGUGUACAUGUAUGCAUAUUUUCAAAAACUUUCCAGGGCUUGAAAUGAUUUUUUCUAAUUCACAAACUUUAAAGGAUUUCAAGGACCCGUGGGAACCCUGUUGAUUUAUCAUGUUUUAUGUGGCCUUUUGAGACUCCAUCAUAAAAUGUGCUAAAUGUUUAGCAUCUGUGAGCCCCAGGAGAAAAAUGUAAGCCUUAGGCUUACAAAUAAGUUUAAAUAAGAAAACCCAAUGUAAACUGCCAUUUAUUUAUUCUGCUAAAAUAUGUAAUUUAUGGCCAGGAAUGAUCAUGGCAUACAUGUGCAGUUAAUUACCUGGAGUGUUCAUUUGAAACAACCCAGUGUAUGCACGGUAUGCAAUUCUAUAUAAUAAGUUCAUGCCAUAACUCAGCAUUAACCAGUUAAUGUAAAAUGAUAUGCUGUUCCCAUGUUUGUCCAUUAGAUGGCUGUAGAAGGCAAUGAGUGAACUUAAAGCACUACUCCGGCGUUAUUCAAUCCAUCCAUAGCUCUGUUGUCUUAGGUCACGGAAUGCUGUCUAUAGAAAAAAACAACAAAAUUUGUAGGAGACGGGGAAGGACGAUGAAGUUCAGGGUAGCCCCCACGGGACCUAAACUUGCUUUCUGAGAAUAUUAUGCGGUCUAGUCAAGCCACACAAUGGGCUGGACAUUAAAAAAAAAAAAAAAAAAAGACUCGGCGACAGUGGAGUGAGAUUUCUUAAAUGGGCCUGAGAGCGUGACAUUGAUGGUGAAAGAGUGACAGUCACACCAGAUGCGUGAGAGUUGGCAACCCUGUCAAUCACUGCAACUUUUAGCCACACAGUGCUAAGAUUACAUUAGCUAGCUAGCGACGGCAUGCUACGUUGGUGUGUCUUUGUUUCCCCAAAAUACUGUGGCCCUCAUGCUAGAAUUUAUUUACUAAUGUUACUUGGAGCAUAUGAUGGACUUUGUCUCUCUUUUUCUGAUGAAUACUCCUAUCCAAUGGCAAAAUCAGUAUUGGCAAAUACAUGAUGUGAAUGAAGGGGCAAACAGAACAGUUUUUUUCCAGUGGCAAAGCAAAUUAGCAUCUUCACACUGUUUGGAGUUCAACUUUUGUUAACUUUGAAUGACGAUCGACUUUAUGUUGUAGAAUUAAACGUGAAAGUCUCUUAAGCUAGUGUUUACCACAGACUUUAUUUCAGGCAUCUAACCUUAAACCCAUUCAUAAAACCCACUGACUUUAACAUUAUGGAACAGAGAGUGCUAAAAUGCUAAUCCAUUUCCAGGAUUCAGGAUAUCCGCAGCACUCUAUUUUAUAAUACUGAUCUGAUCCUGUCUGGCUGGCAGUGAUUCAGGAGACAGGCACACAAUGUCCAAAAAUAGAAAAUGUACCAAUAAAAUCAUAUUUCACAGUAUUUAUUAGCAAGUUAGUUAACUUUAGCUAGCAAGCUACCUUGCCAUUUGCGUCACAUGAGGCACCGCCCACAUUCAGCAUGAAGAUCACCUUCAUGUGUAUCCAGGCUCUUAUGUUGUGUUCACACCAAACGUGAUGCAAAUUUUUGAAUGCUAGAAAAUUUUCUUUUGACUCAUGACUUCAUACGCACGAAUAACUCACGUCAUGGGUGCGUGAAAUCACGGAAUCGAUCAAUGAGCUUCCACUGGUACGUCCUCGGCAUCAUACAUCCCUGGAGGAUAUCAAUGCUGAUUAGCUAUCACGGCAUGAAUUGGUCGUUGAAGUUCAGAUUUUUCAACUUUUGCGAAUAAGCAUAUGACGCAAAAUUGCGCUACUCGCUUCAUUUAUGCCACUUAAUUCAAGUCAUUAAUGUUGUUUCCAUUGUGCUGCCCAGUGGAAAUUCACAUCUACUUACAUCUUUACAUUGACUUUAUAUGUAAUUCACUCUCGCAAAUUGUUUUAUUUGCGGCCAGUAUGAACAAAACAUUACACUUUCAACGAUCAAAUCAAAUUUCUCCCAGCAUUACAUCCCACCUGCCUAUCCAACUUCACUUUGAAAUACAUCAUGAUACUGAGGCUAGAUACUCUUGAAAUGCCAUUUCAUCUGGACUUUAAAGAUCAUUGCAAACUCCUUUUGACAAGCUCUGGAGCAUUUCAGCCAAAGCAACCAACUCCAGGAAAUGUUUGAAAAGCUGGUGACAUUCAAUCCAGGACAAACAACUUUCAUACUGUACUGUACCACCUCAAGUAUUGAAUCUGUCUUUUAUGACUCAAGAGUGAUCCGCAUUUUAAAUAUAUACUGCAUUAGUGCAUUAUAUAGUAUCAGUGUUACACAUAAGGGUGCAGUCAGUCAACUCUUCAUUUUCCUGACAACAGAUUCAGGAGCUUUAGUUGUGUUUGUCAGUUGAGAGCAGCAGACAGACAACAGAUACCUCAGAAUACCACAUUCAGAUGUAUAGACUGAGAUGUGAUCAAGACAUGACAGAUGGCAACAUGUAAAGGAUUCAGCUCAGAAAUUACAACUGAUUGUUACUGUGUCACAGGAACAACACACCAACGCACACCUGAUCAC